UGUCCCUGGCAUACAAAAUUCAGAGCACCCAAGGCAAUCGAACCGGCGAGCCAAAUAAGAGAGGAGGAGACGAAGAGUUUGGGGGCAAAAAUGGAUAGAGAGGCAGAAAAGAGCAGGAUCCUCAUCUUUGGCGGCACCGGAUACAUCGGCAAACACAUGGUGAGAGCGAGCGUCUCUUUGGGCCACCCGACCUCCAUUUACGUCCGCCCCGCCGCCGCGCCCCAAACCCGAACUUUGAGUCUCGACCUCCGUCGCGAGUUCCACUCUGCUGGCGUUCGCAUUAUCGAAGGAGAGCUAGAGGAGCAUGAGAAGAUGGUGGCGGCGCUGAAGGAGGCGGACGUAGUCAUCUCCGCUCUUGCGUACCCUCAAGUGCCCGACCAGCUCAAGAUCAUCGACGCCAUCGUCGCCGCCGGCAACAUCAAGAGGUUUUUGCCGUCUGAUUUCGGGUGUGAGGAGGAUAAAAUAACGCCACUCCCUCCAUUCCAAGAAUUCUUGGAGAAGAAGAGGAAGAUUAGGAGGGCCACCGAGGCUGCAGGCAUUCCUUUCACCUUCGUAGCGGCAAACUGCUUAGCCGCAUACUUGGUCAAUAUUCUCCUCCAUCCGCACGACCUCCAUGGUGAAAUUGUUGUCUACGGCAAUGGUGAAGCCAACGCCGUGCUUAAUUACGAGGAAGACGUAGGGAAGUACACGAUCAAGGUGGCAAAUGAUCCGAGAGCGCGCAAUCGGGUCGUCACUUAUCGCCCCGAACCCAACAUAAUUUCUCAGAACCGACUGAUUUCGCUGUGGGAGGAGAAAACGGGUCGGAGCUUCAAGAGAGUCUACGUCCCCGAGGAAGAUCUGGUCAAGCUGUCCCAAACUCUGCCACCUCCAGACAACAUACCUGUCUCCAUACUUCACUCCAUAUUCGUCAAGGGAGAUCUGAUGAGCUACGACAUAAAUGAAGACGACCUCGAGGCUUCAAGAUUAUACCCGGAAAUGCAGUACACCACCAUUGAUCAUCUCCUCGAUGUCUUCCUCACAGAUCCUCCAGAGCCACCAGCCAUGGCUGCUUUCAAAUGAGAUGAUUCCCAUAAGGUCGAGCUCCAGCAGUUAGCUGGAGCACAAGGUGCUGAACUACAACCAAAGCAUUGCUUUUCUUUGUUUCCCUUCGUUUUUUUUUUUUUUUUUUGGUCAGUUGAG